AUGUACAUAUCAAAAUUCUCUCUUUUCCUAGUUACAUUGCUUUCUUCUGCAGCCAUCAUCACCGAAGCACGUCUAGAUGGAACAUGGCCACCAGCAGGUGUAACACCACCAAGUAAUAAAUUAUGGAACAAGCUAGUGAACAAGACGAAACUGACAAAUGCUCCAGUAUUAACUACCAUGGGUGAUUGUUCACAAAAUCCAAUAGACACAUGUAAUUGGUCGUGUAAUAACUGUAUUCAGCCCGAUGAUGUUUUAAGCUGUCCCACGAAAAAAGAUUGGGGUUUGACAUUUGACGAUGGUCCAUCAGAUUUUACUCCUAAUUUACUUGAUUUUCUGGAUGCGAAUAAUGUUAAGGCGACGUUCUUUGUGUUAGGUGCUCGUGUCGUUGAAGAACCAGAACUAAUAAAAAGAAUGGUUGAUAGUGGCCACGAAGUUGGCGUUCAUACGUGGUCACACCCCGCACUAACUACCAAAACGACUCAACAAAUCAUUGCUGAAGUAAAAUGGACAGAGAAAGCAAUAAGAGCUGCGGCUGGAGUAACACCCAAACUAAUGCGUGCACCAUAUGGCGAUAUAGACGACCGUGUUCGAGGAAUAAUGAGACAACUUGGCUAUACAAUUGUUAUUUGGAAUAAAGAUAGUCGUGAUUGGGUAUCCGUAAUUGAUCCAACAUUCCAACUUGCCUGGGUUGCCGGGAACUUUAGUGUAUGGGCAACUGAAGAUGCUCCCACCGGAUAUAUUUCAUUGGAACAUGAUUUGUAUCAACAAACGGCUGCUCAAGGACCAAAAAUUGUUCCUAUUUUAAAGAAUGCUGGUUGGAAUAUUAAAACUGUCUCCGAGUGUACUGGUUCUCAAGCUUAUUUGAAAACUGCGUCAUCUUUAAAUAAUGGAACACCAACCGAUGAUAACACUACUGAUCCAGCCACCACAGUACAAAGUGUUUCGAGCGCAUCGCUCACGUCAAUAUCAACGAUAUCACUGGUG